AUGGUGAAUCAGAGAGGAACCCCUGUUGCUUCGACACCAUCCACCUGCCUAACCAAGCGUGCACGGGUACUAGAACUAGGUGCUUUGGGGCAAAAAAAUGAAUUCCAAAAGAAUUUGCGUCAGCGGACUACUGUCCUCGAACGACAUGCAACAGAGUCGCAAAAGAACCACUUGUCCAGCGGCCCAGGAUGGAGGAAUUCGUUUCCCCGCCCAGCGUGUACAAAUGGCGGAGCUCUUCCUCCGUUGAAAGACGUGCAUGUAUGCAAAGCGAUCCGCAUCUAG